AUGGACGUCAACGGCGUGGCUCUAGUUGUCGGCGCCGGUAGUGGCAUCGGUCUCGAAACGGCGUUGACCUUCGCGGAAAGAGGCGCCCGAGCGGUAGCCUUCGCAGACUUAGCGCUUGAUACGGCCUCGGCAGCGUCGGAGAAGAGUAAAUCCAUCGCCACAGCUAAAGACUAUGAGACUAUCGCUAUCGCCGUAGAUGUCAGAGAUCGAGCAUCAGUAAAGUCAAUGGUCGAAGAAGUCAAGAAGCGAUUCGGCAGGUUGGAUUAUGCGGUCAACAGUGCCGGACUUCCGCGUCAGACAUCGGCCAAAACCCAAGAUGUAGAUGAAACGGAGUACGAUUUGUUACACGAUACCAAUACAAGGGGGAUCUUGCAUUGUCUUCAAGAAGAGAUUAUCGCGAUGAAAGAUCAGGAGCCGUUGUAUGUCGAAGGACGUAGUGGUCGUCGCAGUGUAGGGCCAGGGUCGAUCAUCAAUGUCACUUCGUUGUCUGCUGUCACUGCGACGGCUGAGUCAGUUACUUACGUAGCAAGCAAAUUUGCUGCGCGGGGGAUAGUUAAGUGCGCAGCCCUAGAGAAUCGUCACACAGGUCUUCGGAUCAACGAAGUAUGUCCGGGAUUUACGGACACGCCGAUGCUCCGUCGCGGUCUUGAUGCGCAACCCGACAUUGGGGAAAUAAUCAAUAGGUCGAUGCCCCUUGGCCGCAUUGCGAUGCCGGAAGAAGUUGCGAAUGUUAUUCACUUUCUAGCAAGUCCGGGGGCCAGCUUUGUCAAUGGACAUUCUUUGGUGAUAGAUUCAGGAGUGUGA